UCUCUCAGUGUCAUGUGACCUGACUAAAUCCAACAUGGCGGCCGCCGUGCACCUGUGGCACCGACGGAACCCAAUAACUUCGAUGUUUUGGACGUUUUCUUCACUCUUCCUCACCCUACAACUUGUCAGUCGGACCAGAGGAGACUGCGUAGCCGGGAACUAUAAUUUAGAGCCGAUUCGGGGGGUAUGGGAAGCAAGAGGAGACAACAACGUGCAAUAUAACAUCAGUAUCUGCAGCGAGCUGGCCCUCCCCGCCCCCUGCAAUGGUAACUCUGUGUGCAGACUCCAGAACAACACCUCCUCAAACAUAGGAAACUUCAACUCUACCUUACAGAUCGAUGAGGACAGACAUGGGGGUGGAUUUAGGAUGGAGCUGUUCUCUGAUGAGGACUGUCCUGGGUACCCUGGGCACAAGAUUGGAACCAGUAUCAACAUCCAAUGUGGUAGGACUUUGGGCUUCCCUGAGUUUGUGGAGGCCAAACCCUGCACCACGUAUUUUGACUGGGACAGUACGGUAGCCUGUACGUCCGUACAACACCCGGCGCAGAAGGAAGUGAAAUGUUACGUGUACGAUACAGAUGGGAAGAAGAGGGACCUGACAUCACUGAUCAAACAGAGCGGUGGGUACCUAGUGGACUCAGCUGGGGAGAGGGACUUCUACAUCAACGUGUGUCGGGACAUCACUCCAGAAACAGGUGGUCCUACCUCAUCCUGCCCUCCUGGGACAGCAGGCUGCCGUGUGAUUGGUGGAGAGGCUGUGGACAUGGGUCGUCCCACUACAGACCUACAGAUGGGGGAGGAUGGCAAGCUGUUCCUGCACUAUAAUGGCACAGACGGGGACGCCCCUUCAGGAUGUAACGGGGUCAAACCGACUGUCCACAUCACGUUUGUCUGUCCGAAUGGUGAUGGAAGGGGUGGGAGUAAGGACCCGCUCCUGACCCUGGACACAGACUGUCAGUACCAGGUGGAGUGGUGGACGGAGUUCGCCUGCCCUGCAGAGUACCUCACCACGACAACCUGCAGCUUCAGUAAACAGCAACACGACAUCGACAUCGAUCUGUCUCCGCUACGUGUAGAAGAAGGAACAAAUCCCUGGCCGUACAAGGUUACUACCACUGGUGACGAUGGGAAGGCAUAUGACUAUUGGCUGAAUGUUUGCGGGGCUGUGGGCAUAUCGUGUGGAGACAAUGACAAUGACGGAACUAAAACUGGUGUGUGUCAAACAUCAGCAGAUACUGCUCAUAUUGCUGGAAAAGUACUAGGCCACACUCUGAGGUAUAGUGACGGAGAACUGACCCUGACAUACAAAGGUGGUGAAGUGUGCAGACACAACGGCUUCAACAGGACCUCCGUUAUCACAUUCAGGUGUAACAAGACUGCAGGUAAUGAUGGAAAAGGCCGACCAGUGUUUAACAGUGAGGAGGACUGCUCCUACUUCUUUGACUGGGACACCAGCUACGCCUGUCUGCAGCACGAGGAGGGGCGGUCCUGCCGAGUCAGCUCUCCCGAUGGGAAGAAACGCUACGACCUGUCCACCCUGGUACAGGAGGGUCCGCUGAACUGGGAGGCGCUGGACGGGAGACACGAGCAUGGCGGAGGAGACAAUGACGAACGGUUCUUUAUGAACGUGUGUGGGGAGGUGAUCACGCUGGAACAGGCUGCAGACUGUCCACAGGGAGCUGCUGCAUGUGCUAUCAGCGAUACUGGGGGAGGUGCCACAAACAUAGGAAGAUACCAGACAGACCCCGUACUGGAGGGUAACCACAUCAAACUGACGUACACAGACGGGGACUCCUGUCACGACAGUCUCACCUGGUCUACUGUCAUACGGCUGGUGUGCAGUCCUGGUGACCUUGAGAGUGCACCUGUACUUCUGCGAAGGUCGGAUGAGAAGUGCCUGUAUGAGUUUGAGUGGCACACAGCUGCAGCAUGCCCACUGGGCCGCAAGAGUGGCUACGACUGCAGAGUCUUUGAUGAUGAUGCAGGGUUCUCGUUUGACUUGACUCCACUGUCCAGAGCUGGUACUACAGCAGACAGCUUCUACAACGUGACAAACGGGAAAUAUGACUACCUGAUAAAUGUGUGUGGUGACAUCAAUGGGACACAGAGCUGUGAGGACAGAAAUGCCAAGGCUGGAGCAUGCCAAGUGGACAGAAGCAACAACAAUGCCAAAAGUCUUGGUGUGUUCAACUCCCACCUGAACUACUACGAUGGGCUGAUUAACCUCACGUAUACCGGAGGGGACCCCUACCAUGACAAAGUGAACCGUUCCACACACAUAGCUUUCCUGUGCGACCCCAAAGCCGGCCCAGGCCAGCCUAGGUUUCUUGCAGAAGACAACCAUUUCUACUACUUCAAGUGGUACACAAAGUACGCCUGUCCUGAACAGCCGAUAGAAUGUGUGGUGACAGACCCAAAUACACACACACAGUAUGAUCUUUCAAGCCUUGCCAAGUCAGAGGAUGAUAAUGGGGAGAACUGGUCCUAUCUGGAUGACUCGGACCCUAACAACAAGAAGAAGUAUUACAUCAACGUGUGCAGACCCAUCAACCCUGUUACAGGCUGUGACACCUAUGCCGCUGUGUGCCAGACCAGUUUUGCCACUGGAGAGGAAGCAGUGACCCUCCCCAACAUGGGUAUGGCAGAAUCCCGACCCACUAUUGAGGGCCAGGCGGGCCAUCUCCUACUGACCUACAGUAACGGUGGGCCCUGUACGGGGCCAGACGGGGUGGCCAGGACCUACACCACCAAGAUCCACCUCAUCUGUCAGAGGGGCAGUCUGUCGAGCAGCCCGCGGUUCCUGGAGCAGAUGGGUUGUGAGUAUGUGUUCACCUGGGAGACUGAGGCAGCCUGUGGGAUUAAGGUGGAGAAACAGGAGGACUGUACCAUCCCCGACCCUAACUCUGGCUACAUCUUCAACCUACAGCCCCUCACCAGGGGCGACAGGACGGAGAAGAAGUACUACGAUGUCACCAGUAGUGAUGGUCAGGCCUUUAGGCUGAACAUCUGUGGAAGUGUCAAAGAUGGCUGUCCACAGUACUGUGAUGAAGACGGACACUGUGAAGACGCAAGUGUGUGCUCAGUAGCCAGCGGUAAGGACAAGGCACUUGCACACGCAAGUGAUGCCCAGUUGGAGUUUUCUGAUGCUGGACAGCUGACUCUACGGUACGAUGGAGUCCGAGAUGAGGGGUCAGGACAAGUGACAAGCAUCAUUGUCCACUUUGUCUGCCGGACACAAGUGGCACUGGGAGAGCCCAAGUUCCUGCGCCAGGAGGGGCUGACCUUCCUGUUUGAGUUCUCCACUUCUCUAGCCUGUCCUCCUGCACCUGUAGACUGUCUGGUAACAGAUACUGCAGGGAACCUGUAUGACCUAACACCACUGUCUCGCACGGACCAUAACUGGGAACCACUUAACCCUGAGUCCACGCCAGGACACAAGGACGAGCGUUACCACAUCAACGUGUGUCGACCGCUCGUUGUCACAGACAACAUGGACUACAACUGUCCUGGUGGUCCCCUGGGGUCAUGUAUGACUGGUCCCCAGGGGAAUAAGAACCUGGGUGUUGUCCAGUCCAACCCCCAGGCUGCCGGGAACUCCCUGUCCAUCAGGUACUACAACGGGGACAUGUGCAGAGACAACGUACACUACAGCACUGUCAUUGUGUUCGAGUGCUCUCUCACUCAGGGCACCCCAACAUUUCAGACAACAACACAGGACGGCUGUGAGUACGCCUUUCUGUGGCGUACCCCGAGUGCCUGUCCAAUCAGACGGGCCAUCGGCAACAACUGCCGCGUAAGGGACCCGCUCUACGGAUUUGAAUUUGACCUCUCCCCACUGUACAACUACACUCGUGAUUACAGAGUCAGAACACAGCAGUAUGAGUACAGUCUGAACGUGUGUGGACCGCUCCAUGAGGGAACGGGGGCAUGUGAUGCUAAGGUUCAUAAAGACGUCAGUGCCUGUCAGAAGACUCUGUCUGGAGUUGAGCCGGAAGUGAACCACGUUACAGGCACAUUCAACAAGACGGUUGUGUAUGAGGAUGGGCAGAUCCUGUUGAACUACACUGGAGGAGAGAAGUGCCACACCGUGUACACCCGCUCUACAGCCAUCAACUUCUACUGCGACCACUGCGCUGAUGGGAAGUGCAAGGACGGACCCAAGCCUGGACCUGUCUACGUUAAUGAGACCUCUGACUGCACCUAUGUGUUUGAGUGGGCGACAUCGUACGCAUGCCCUCCCUUCAAGAUCGUGGAGUGUGUGUACCACGACGACAAAGGGAACCAGUUUGAUCUGACUCCACUGUCUCUGUCCCACGGGAACUGGGAGAUCAUCCCGACAUCACGCAGCUCAAACAAUGAGAUAUUCUACAUCAAUGUGUGCAGAUCAGUGGUGCAUUCGAAAGGUGUCCAGUGUCCCUACAACGCAGGUGCCUGUAUGAAGUUACCGGAGUCCGGUGACGCGAGUACAAAGUUCCUGAACCUGGGAGAGGUGCAGGGUGGGCCGUGGUACGAGGAUGGGAACCUGGUGCUGAACUACACCCUGGGGGCUAACUGUACCGCGGACGGGUCCAGGAAAAAAAUGACUGUCAUCAAAUUUGUCUGUGAUACAGAUUCUGUGGGAAAUGGUCCCCAGUUUCUGGGCUCUACUGACGGCUGCAUCUACACCUUCAUCUGGUUCACUGAUGUGGCCUGUCCACUCAAGGCUGACCAGUCCAGCGAAGGACACUGCAAGGCCAAGAACCCCCUCACAGGCUAUGAGUUUGAUUUGAGUGAACUGAACAAGAAAGACUCGUACUACCAAGUACUGGACCAGACAAAGGAGCAUGCCUACCAGAUCAAUGUCUGUGGAGCUGUGAAGGGGUCCAAGUGCAAGGGGGAUGACAUAGGUGUGUGUCAGGCAGAGCUAAUCCAUGGCCAACGCACCUUCAAUGGCGGCAAGUCCAACUCCAACCUGGACUACAACGAGGGCAUACUGGAGCUGACCUACAAACAGGGCGACCACUGCCACAAGGACCAGUUUGAACGCAGCACGGUCAUCAGUUUUGUGUGCGCCAACCGGACGGACAACGGCAGGCCUGUGUUCAUCGAUGAGUCUGAGGACUGCACCUACUAUUUCUCCUUCCAUACACCAUUGGCUUGUGAAACCCAGGUCCCUUGCAUUGUGGACAAUGGAACAAACUCCUUUGACCUUUCCCCCCUGAUCAAGGCCGAAGGUCACUUCAUGGCGCCCUCAAUAGGAGGGACCGGGGCGUACUACAUUAACAUCUGCCGACCUUUGAACCCAAUCCCUGGUGUUCGCUGUCCACCGGGGGCCUCUGCUUGCAUGAAGGAAGACAACAAAAAUCCUGUGAGCCUUGGUCGAGUGUUUGAACAACCCAAAAUCAACCCAGUCACAAAAGAGAUCACAAUCAUCUACAAGCAUGGCUCCAGGUGUGAGAGUAACCCUGACUACAACAACACUGCUCAGAUUGUCUUCCGCUGUGAACAGGGAACAUCAGUGGGAAGCCCACAGUUCAGCUACAAGACAGAUGACUGUGUGUACUUCUUUGAGUGGAAGACCAAUGUGGUGUGUGCGGCACCCAAGCCUGUCCAGACCACACAGUGCACCUAUACAGAUCCAGCCAUCAAGUACACAUUCAACCUCACCAGUCUCAGAAGUACUGGCGAUAAUGGAUAUGAGGUGGAGGACAAUGUACAAGGUGGCAAGUACAGUCUGAACGUCUGUGGCACCGUCCCCAGGGCCGGCUGUGACCCGGACACAGCUGUGUGUGUAACCCUAGCUGACGGGAAGAAGAUCUCAGCAGGCAAGUUUAACACCCAGACCUUCAAGUACGAAGGAAACCUGCUGACGCUGUCCUACAGUGAUGGGACGACUUGCAGAGGGAGUGAGAAGUACAGUACCAACAUCAUAUUCAAGUGUGCAGAUGAAGAAAACAGCCAACCUGCUAUCUUUAGUAUGACAGGAUGCUCAUACACAUUCAUGUGGAAGACCUCCCUAGCCUGUCCGCCGGCCAGCCAGCCCUGUGCCAUCAACCAGAACGGACAGACCUACGAUCUCAACCUCCUCUCACAGGAGACCAACAGCUGGAGGUUCAGGGACAAGUUUGGCAACAAGUAUUACCUGAACCUGUGUCAGCCUGUACACCAGGGACCACCAAGAUGUGACCCUAAUGCUGCUGCAUGUAGACAGAGGCCUGAUGGUACAGUUGAUAAUCUGGGAGUGGUCAGCUCCCAGACUAUGAACGUGGAUGACACAGGGUUGAAGGUUGUGUACAGCGAGGGUGGGGCAGGGGUGUGUGACGACCACUCCCGUAGGUCCAACAGUGACACGGCCUCCAUCGAGGUCCAGUUCUCCUGUGGUUCUACGGUGGGAGGGCCCCAGCUGCACAGUAUAGACAGCAAUGGGAGAUGCCACUUUGUGGUCAACUGGAUGUCUGCCAUCGCCUGUGCAACAACAAGACAACCUGUGACCCCUGAAGAUGGAAAGAUCAGAGACCCCUUCUCCCAGAGCAUCAUCCACAUCUCACAACUCUACAAUGAUAACGGUAAUUCCUGGAGAGUGACCGGAGACCUGCGACCUAACAGAGACGUGUAUGUGUACUACAUCAGAAUGGACGAUGUUGGCAUACAGGAGGACCAGUGCAGGGGUGCUGCCGUGUGCCAAGUCAAGGAACAAGACAAGUUCAUGAAGAUUCUAGGCAAACCAGACAUGAUCAAUUAUUACAUGCAAGAUGGAGCCCUAGAAGUUCAAAUUCUUUCUGAUACAAGAUGUGGGAGAAGAGAAGAAAAGAAGACCAGUACCACCAUUAUCUUCCAUUGCUCGGAAUACAUUGAAAGGGGUCAGCCUGAGUUUUUCUCUGAGUCUCAUGAUUGUGAGUACAUCUUCAACUGGUACACCAAGGUGGCCUGUUUGAAGGAUGAUGUGGAGGAGAGUGUCUCCAUCCCACCACCUGAACAAAAUCUUCCAGAUGAUGGAACAGGAAUUCACCACUUCAUCAGCCAGCACAAAAGCUCAGCUGCCACAGUUGUGGGGAUAAUGUUGGCAAUAGUCAUCAUCUGUGUUCUAGUCAUCAUCUUUCACAAACAGGAGAGAAGACAAGCAUUUGUACGAAAAAUGAAAUCUUGCUGUGGAAGAGGAGGAGAUCUUAGUCACCCAACCUACAGAUAUACAAAGUUUAUGUCCAACGGUGACGAGGAUGGGUCGUUGCUAAUGGGCGGACUUGACAGCGAUGAGGAGAGUGGCAACAGCCAAUCAGAAGAGGCGUCAGAUGACUUCAUGGUAGAGUUUGACGCAGAGUCCCAUCAACAAAACAGAGCAAAGAGAAAAAAGAAAACCAAACCAAAAGCGGAUGAGAACCAUGUGGAAGAAGUCAGGCCUUACCAUGACGACAGUGAUGAAGACAUGCUGGAUGUGUAGGCUGAUUUCUACAUGGAAAAAAUCUCUAGUAUCGUAUCUACAGCUCUGAUGGUGUAGGGUUAGCAUUAGCAAGCUGGGACUUGCUUCUCUCUGCUUGGACGUUCUUUAUAUUAUGAGCUAUUGCUGUGAUGAUUCAGAGAAUAUAAGGCUUUUCACUUUAUGGUACAGUGUUAGAUAUAGAAAUGAAAUUGUACCAGCAUGUGAGAGAUGAUAAGUUUGUCAAGAGAAUUUCUGAUGAGAGUCUAAAACUUCAGUUGGAGUAUGCUGUAAGUAACUCCAGUCCUAUAAGUGUCUGGGGUACCAAUGGAACUCCAUGCACCGAGCACAAGAAAUCAGGCAUUCUUUCUUCCUGAGUAAUUAGUAAUGUAAUCAAAUUCUAAAGAUGGGUGAAAUAAAUGAAUGAACGUACUUAAGGCCAGCACAGCUUACCAGAUCUAAACAUGUACCAUUGUGAUAAUAUUCUUACAAGAUCGUGACACUGUGCCUAUACAAUGCGCUUGAUAAUGCCAAAUGUUACUUGAAAAAAAGUUUAAUCAACCACUUUGUGCCAUGACUGUAAGUCAGUAGCAUGAUUUGAAGAAUGCUAUUACUGAAGCGUAUUUUUGUCCUGCAAAUAUUAUUUGCAUGAUUGAUUAAAUGUACAUUGGGUAAGUUGAAUGUAUUGGCUUAUAUUGAAGAUGAAAACUAUAAUUUAAGAUGAAAACUAUGGCUAAAUGUGAAAUCUGAAUGUAAUUUUUUGGUCAUGAAAAUAUUUGCAGAAUGCUGUAUAAAAUUGUGCUCAAUACUGA